ACCCGCCGCGUGAGUUCGCCACUGGCUGCAAAUAGACAAGUUUAUAUUGUUAUUUCUGGAAGGAUUAUUAGUUUUUUUUCUCCCUUCUGAAGACUAAGUAUUUUAAUUUAAAAUGGCAGACACAAAAGUAGAAACCAGUUGCGAUAGUCCCGCUAAGGACCUUAAAGAAAAGAAAGAACUUGUAGAAGACAAAGAAAAUGGCAAAGACAAACCUGCAAAUGGAAAGGCAGAGAAUGAGGAAAAUGGCGAGCAGGAGGCAGAAAAUGAGGUAGACGAGGAAGACGAGGAUGAAGUUGAAGAGGAGGAUGAGGAGGAAGAUGACGGAGCAGGUGACGACGAUGAAGAUGAAGAUGAGGUUGAGGGAGCUACAGGAAAACGGGCUGCUGAAGAAGAUGACGAGGAUGAUGAUGAUGUUGAAACUAAGAAGCAGAAAACCGAUGACGAUGAUUAAGCGGCUGCUCCCAGCACGAAACCCCCUGGCAAAAUCGCCUGUUGGAAAAGAGAGCGUGGUUUUCAUCCACAAGUAGAGAGAGCAGCGUCCGUGCAAACACACACUGCACAUUUUUUUAAAGAAACUACCAAGACUUCAAGGCUCUACCUUUCUUAAAUACUUUAAAGGAGAAUUUGUUUGUAUUUUUAUUUACAUUUUUAUAUUUUUGUAUAUAUUGUUAGGAGGUCAGCCAUUUUUAAACAGUUAUCUCUCUCUGGUGACCAAACGGUGCUUUGAAGUGGAUGCUUCUCUAUAAAACAGACUACUUGUGGUUUGACCAUGCCAUGUUAUCUCGACACAAAAGUUGUAUAAAAAGAAAACGGUGAGAAAAUAUUCAGAGCAUUCCAGUAACUUUUUUUUUUUUUAAAUUUUCGUGUAUUUACUUUAGUUGUAUCAUAAGUAGUUUGGUUUGUAUGAGAUGGCAAGGCCAAAGAUUUUUUUUUUUUUUGGCUAUGAAAUUACUGUUUAUUGUGGCCUGUUUGUAUGUGUGAAACAGUUUGUUGUCCAACAAUAAACCGGAAUUUUAUUUUGCGGA